AUGCGGAACCCUGUUAAAGUUGUUAAUCAUAAUGACAAAACAGAGAAAAGCAAUUCGCUAGAUUUAUUUACAUAUUUAAACAAAUUGGCUGGUUGUCAUGGCAUUGGUCGUGUCGAUAUGGUUGAGUCAAGAUUUAUAGGAUUGAAAUCUCGUGGAUGUUAUGAAUCACCGGCGGCCACAGUAUUGCGUGCUGCACAUUUGGAUCUUGAGGGAAUUACACUUGAUGGGCAAGUUCGUCAUCUUAAAGAAGUAAAUCUUAGUAUUCCUUAUGGCAGAGUUCUUUAUAAUGGCCUUUACUUUUCACCUGAACGUGAAUUCCUUUCACAUUCACUUGAAUUCACACAACGUAAUGUCAACGGUGAGGUUAAAAUCAAACUAUAUAAAGGUAAUGUCAUCAUUGAAGGCCGCAAAGCCUAUGGGGUAGGAUCUAAACUUUAUGAUAUGAGAGAAAGUUCAAUGGACGAACAUGGUGGAUUGACACCUACUGAUGCUGGUGGUUUCAUUAAUACACAUGCUAUUAGACUUAGAAAAUGGGUACCAGCUGAUAAACAAUAA